AUGACCGACCAAAUGACCGCCCCAGAUUCUAUUUUGGUCAGUGGCAUCACUUCCGAACCUGGCUUGAAUGGUCAAUACGUCUAUAAUGGAAGUUUUCGUGGUGGUAAACUGCAAUGGAUGAAACCCAUGUCGAGAUGUUACAUCCGAUUCAUUCGGGAUCGAUGGGAGCUAUAUGUCUCCCAUCAUCCAAGCGGGACGACUUACUUCUAUCAUCCAGACCAAUUUAUGGAGAUACCACCUACAUCUGGAUACAUACCCACCCCAUGCUCGGGCCCAGAUGAAGUACUAUCACUGGAAUACAAACACAAGGCACCACCGAUUUCAGAAUAUCUGUUAUAUACCAAUAAGGCCUGUCCAUUUGCCCAACAAGUACAUAUUGUGAUGCAAGAGCUUGGAAUCGACGAUGACUUGCUUCAAAAGGAACAAGAAACUCCCAGCCAACUGAAGCUGGUGGAACGCCAACUGGUGGACAUAUUCUCCAAGAAUGAUGUCGACUUCAUCAAUUCCUACUACAAGGCCUAUCCAUCAAAGACACAACGACCGCAGCUAUUCCCCUGCUUGUCGGUGUAUUGCCAGACAAUCAGCAUAUUUCUAUUGCCGACCCAAGUCGGAAUUUUUGUGCAUGCCGUCAAUAGGGAGAUCUUCCCAUGCAUCAACUCGAUAUUGAAUUCAUCGAGCCUGGAGAGAUUGGAAAGUGCCGUAGACAAACUAAUGGAAGCCUUGGGCUGUAUCGAGACGAUGCUGAAACGGUCUGAAAUGAAUAUGACUGAUAGUGACCCAAACGAGAAAUCCUACUUUCUGGGAACCGUCUUUUCACUGGCCGAAGCCAAGACUGCUCCUUGUUUCCAACGUUUGUUGCUAGUAUUACCCGGUUUACGACCUGAACUUGCUUCAGUAAAGUCACUGCGGCAGUUUGGCAAGGAUGAUGACCAACGAGAAGACGACACCAUACUCCUUGCCAUGAUCCAAACGAAAUAUCCGACAGUCGACAAGUGGCUUGGAUCCGUAUUCAAGCAGCCAAGUGUUGUGGCAACAUUGUACAAAGAGGAUGUGACAGAAGUGCUCAAGCGGGCUCGGGUCAGCAAAUUUGACAUGCCAGUCCAGAGUGAGAAACAAUCAUUCACAACCACAAAGAACAAAAUGGAAGAUCUAUUGCUGUCACGCAAGAUGACCAAUCCGUAA